AUGGGAGUACCGACGCUUAUGAGUCAUAUAGAGAUCAAUGAUCCAAUGGAAAUCGAUUCCAUUAUUGAUUCUAUAAAUAAAGACCGUUCCGAAAACAAAUAUGCUUCAUCUCGUGCCCCAUCCUUGUCGCAAAUCUUACCCAAGUUAGACUCGAUAUCUUUUACUUCUCCCAAAGCAAAAGAAAUUUUAAGACCUCAGGGUUUAUUCGUUGUUGAUACAAAUUUUCUGUUAUCGCAUCUCGUUCUAUGCCAAAAUCUUCUGGAAGUACUUUCCAAACAGUUUCCUCAAGUAGUGAUCCUUCUUCCUUGGGUGGUGCUUCAAGAACUAGACGGGUUGAAAUCAGAUACCAAAGCAGCGUGCGGUUACUUGGCUAGACAAGCUCAUGAAUUUUUGUUACAGUGUUUUCGUGCCAGCCUUCCAAAUCUGCGUGGUCAAAAGCUUCACGAACGAUGCUCUGUAAACGAGUCAGGAGAUAAUGCAAUAUUGGAUUGCUGUCUUUAUUUUCAAAAUGAGAAACUAAUACCUGUCAAUCUAUUAUCUGAUGAUAAAAAUCUUUGCAUUAAAGCAGCUGUACAUCACGUUUCAUCACAGAGUUAUUCAAAAUCCACACAUCCAAUCUCUUUGAUUAGUGAGGCUUUUCCUUCAAUAGAUGUUUUAGAUCAGUCCGCAAACUUCGAGCAUCCACGAAUGGAAAUUGAUACAUCUGUCGCCCCUACCGCUCAACAGAAAAGUCUUUCGUUCACUGAAAGUAUUCAACCCAAUUUAGCUAUCGACAUGCCCAUGGAUGCUUCUCGUGACAAAUCGACUUGGGGAUCUCGUUAUGCACAUUUUUCGUCUGUCGAAAGCCAUACCGAAAACACUCGUUCACGGUCCCCUUCUGAAUACGUUCCCUAUACUUAUACAUUACUAACUAAGGAACAAAUCCUCCAUGCCUCUCAUCCCCGGGCUAGUAAAUUGCUUGACCAAAUUACAAAAGUUCUAGUGGAAGAAACAGCAUUCCUAUUGUCGAUGAACUUGACGAAACUAUGGGGUGAUUAUCGUUUGGCUAUGAAAAAGCUACUGGUCUCUUCUAGUUUUCCACCAGAAACCAUGCAUGAUGUUGCAAAUGAAUUGUAUAUUCAUUGGUACACUUGCUUCGAUGGAUACGUGCCACCAGGUGAACGAAAAUCUAUAAAAGCCAAAGCAACUAAGUGGGAUGAGUGGUCUAUGUGGGCAGAAACUGGUUUAGGAAAUGGGCCCAGAUGCCAAGAAGAGUUUACAGAAAACAUUAUGUAUUGGUCAAAUCUGUGGUCCAUCAUGAGUCGCAAGGAAAUUUUAGAGGAUAAAGCUAUCGAAUACGUUGUCUUUAGGGAAGAGAAUAUAGAAAAAUGGGUUCAGCGGUCCAUGCGCCCAGCAAUUUUAUUAUAA